AUGUACAUUGAAGUUGGCACGGCUGGUAUUGGUGACAUUGCUGACACUGCUGGUUUUGCUGGCAUUGUUGGCCCUAAUAUCAUGGUAUCCGGGGUUAAACCUCCAAACAGCGGUGUUAAUCCUCCAAACAGCGGUGUUAAACCUCCAAACAGCGGUGUUAAACCUCCAAACAGCGGUAUUAAACCUCCAAACAGCGGGGUUAAACCUCCAAACAGCGGUGUUAAACCUCCAAACAGCGGUGUUAAACCUCCAAACAGCGGUGUUAAUCCUCCAAACAGCGGUGUUAAUCAUGCAAACAGCGGUGUUAAUCCUCCAAACAGCGGUGUUAAACCUCCAAACAGCGGUGUUAAACCUCCAAACAGCCGUGUUAAACCUCCAAACAGCCGUGUUAAACCUCCAAACAGCGGUGUUAAUCCUCCAAACAGCGGUGUUAAACCUCCAAACAGCGGUGUUAAACCUCCAAACAGCGGUGUUAAUCCUCCAAACAGCGGUGUUAAUCAUCCAAACAGCGGUGUUAAUCCUCCAAACAGCGGUGUUAAACCUCCAAACAGCGGUGUUAAACCUCCAAACAGCGGUGUUAAUCCUCCAAACAGCGGUGUUAAACCUCCAAACAGCCGUGUUAAACCUCCAAACAGCCGUGUUAAACCUCCAAACAGCCGUGUUAAACCUCCAAACAGCCGUGUUAAACCUCCAAACAGCCGUGUUAACCUCCAAACAGCGGUGUUAAUCCUCCAAACAGCGGUGUUAAUCCUCCAAACAGCGGUGUUAAACCUCCAAACAGCGGUGUUAAUCCUCCAAACAGCGGUGUUAAUCCUCCAAACAGCUGUGUUAAUCCUCCAAACAGCGGUGUUAAACCUCCAAACAGCCGUGUUAACCUCCAAACAGCGGGGUUAA